CACGCCGGGGGCGGGAGGGCGGAACUGCGCAUGCGCGCUUUCGCGGCGCGGCCCCGGCGGCCGUUGAAAAUGGCGACUGUCGCCGAGCUGAAGACUGUUUUAAAGGACACUUUGGAAAAAAGGGGGGUACUAGGGCAUUUAAAAGCAAGGAUCCGAGCUGAAGUUUUCAGUGCCCUAGAUGAUGAUCAUGAACCCCGACCAACGUUGUCUCAUGAAAACCUUCUAAUUAACGAAUUAAUUCGGGAGUAUUUGGAAUUCAACAAAUAUAAGUAUACGGCAUCGGUCCUCACAGCAGAAUCUGGUCAACCUGCAGUUCCACUGGACAGACAGUUUCUCGUCCGUGAACUAAAUGCCUUUGAAGAGUCAAAGGACAGCAAAAUACCUCUUUUAUAUGGAAUUUUGGCUCAUUUCUUGCAUGGAACUAAGGACGGUGUCCCAAACACCUUUCUGAAAGAGUCUUCACUUCAGCCUUCAAACCCAAAUCUUGUCAGACAGAAGAAGGCCGAUGGGUGACCACCAGGAAAGGAGAGGGAUGAAGGCACCAACACUGAGGCUGUCCCCCUUUCUCAAGCCGUGAAGAGAUGACACUUCGAUGCAGAGUAUCUUUUAUCUUAAAAUUGUGUGUAUUAAGUAACGAAUUUAUCAUUCCAGAGUUACCAUUUUGUAGAAAUUUGAGUUUCUGCAAAAUACUUGACCCCUCAUGUUUUACUGCAUUUGUGAAUAAAAGCUAACUCUGUCAUCUAGCUUAUUGGAUGUGACUGGAAAGAAGGUGCAUGGUUUUUACGAAGUAGUUUAAAGGUCCAGAAGUUCAUGAAAAAGGCGCAAGGGCUUUUAGAACUUUGUACCUUCUUCUAAAAAAAGUUCUAGGCCGUUAUCCACAUGUUCUGCUCCUUGACAUGCACAUUAAUUAAAUUUCCUUCAGUUGGAAUCAUGUGAACUUGUAGGAAAAUUCAUUCAUGACUUAAAGAAUAUUAAAACCAAAACUAAUUUCCUGUACAGUUUGAUUUUUCUUAAAGGACCUAUUUUUCAGAAAACCACUCAUGAUUCAGCUUAAAUGUCUGAAUUACUACCUAAAGUUUAGUUUGUAAAUAGAUAACCAAGUACUUUUUCUUUCCUUAGUCCAUUUUGGCUUCCGCUGGAAAAUUUAAUUAAAAGGUAGAGGGGGAAAUAAUUCUUUUAACAUGCUAUAAGUAAAACAAAGAGUUUAUUUUGUUUUAUUAAGAAUGUAAAAUAAGGGGGGCUGGGUUUGUGGCUCAGUGGUAGAGCGCUCACCUAGCACGGGCGGGACCCAGGUUCUAUCCUCAGCAGCACAUAAAAAUAAAGGCAUUGUGUUGUGUCCAUCUACACCUAAAAAUAUAUAUAUUAAAAAAAAAAAAAGAAUGUAAAAUAAGGGGCUGGGGUUGUGGCUUAGUGACUGAGCCCUUGCCUCAUGUGUGUGAGGCACAGGGUUUGAUCCUCAGCAUCACAUGAAAUAAAUAAAUAAAUGCAAAGAUAUUGUGUCCACCUACAACUAAAAAAAGAACGUGAAAUGACAUGAAGUGACAGGCUUUAGGGAAAUACCAGAAGGAGCUUUCCCUAGAGGCACUGUUGAAGCCCCGCGUGGCCCGGGUCGUGCAGUUAAGACUGCUGAGGGACGCGCGCCUUCCUGCGCAGGCUCUGGAAGUCAUUUUGAAUGUCCGUGUGUCUCCAGAAGCCCCUUUGAUCGUUGCUAAGGAAGUCUCGUGGUGUGGAGUUUCACUAAGACAGCUCUCAGGGUAGCCUGCUCGUGGUGCAGAGUCGUGGGGCGCUGGAACUCAGAGCGCCUGGACGUGACCGUCUAGCCGCGUGCUUCCCACGGGAGAAUCUGAGGGCUGUGGCUGGUGCCGCUGUCACCAUCCUUGGGGUGCUGGGUAUGUGCUAACUUUGAAAAUGACAGAAACCUUUGAUUUUUAUAUUUGAUGAUGUUAAUUGUAUUUACUCCUUACAGAUUAAAAAUUUUUAUCUAAACACAAAUCACCAUUGUUUUUCAUUUUUAUUUUAUUGUGUUUGGGCUGGAGCUCGGGGCCCCAGGCUUUCUAGGCAGGUGCUCUACCACUGAGCUACCCAGCCCAUCAGAAACUACUAAUGAAACCCCUUGAAACUGUAUUUUAUAAGUCAAAAGAUUUUGACAGCUGGGCGCAGUGGCUCAUGCCUGUCAUCCCAGUGGCUUGGGAGGCUGAGGCAGGAGGAUCUUGAGUUCAAAGCCAGCCUCAGCAACAGCAAAGUUCUAAGCAACUCAGUGAGACCCUGUCUCUAAAUGAAAUACAAAAUAGGGCUGGGGAUGGGGCUCAGUGGUCUAGUGCCCCUGAGUUCAAUCCCUGGUACCCCCCCCCCCAAAAAAAAAGAUUUUGAGAGCCCUGUUUGUGGGUUAAAAUUAUAUCUGUAGAUGCAGAGUCUUGUAAGGGCCCAUUUUCACUUUUAAAUCUGUAAUGUCUGAUUACAAUUAUGAAUUCCAUUGUAUCAUAUGUGGGAAUAUAAAGAUCUGACUUUUCCCAGCAGUCUUGGUUCACAUCCAAGUUGUUGUCACUAAGUUUACCUCAGGAAUUGCAAUCAUGUAGAUUAAGGAAAAAUGCUGGAGUUGAUGAUUUUGGAUACUGUUGAAAAACCAUCAUAAUGAAAGCUGACCAGAACUGUCACCGGUGUUGUAGCCUUCUGUGUGCAUUACUCUGUAACUCCUGUGCCUGGGCAACUUUUAUACUUUCAAUAUAUCAUUUAAUUAAAAAAAUUUUAAGCAACUCA